AUGGACUUUGUUUCAUUGGUAUCUCAAGGAGGGCUGCUUUGGAAGGCUUGGGUUGCUUGCCACUACGAGCGACGUCUCAAGCGUCCCGACUAUUUGAAUGCCGACGUGAAGGGAAUAUGCACCUACAUCAUGGAGAAUAUGGGUCGUAUCCCACUGAGAUGCUUAGGUCAUCUGAUGCUUGGCAUCUUGAGACUCUUGCUCAAACAGGCUUCAGACUUGGAGACCAAGGCGGAGGAGGUGAGGAGCGCUCUCCAUAUGAGCUUGUCGACAGGUCCUGGGCUGCCAACGGUGCCCAUGGUCUCUGCUGCGUCCGUGACGCUUCGACAUGCACACGGGGCAGUUCCCAUGCUAGACUUUGGAGAUGCCGUGCCUGGGCUUGACAUGCUCAUGGAGCCAGAGCUUCCCGAGUUGGAGGUGGAGGCAUCUCUAGAGGAAGGCCGUCGGCAUGUGGCUCCUUUGUCGCUGAUCACGUUGAGCUCUGAACCCACAGACCGUGACCGUGAAGCGCCCAUCGUGGAGCUGGAUGACUUUGGCGCCGUGAGCGCGGAGGAUCAAGCAACGAUGUCCUCCAUGGCGGCGAUGGGACAAACAGCGAUGGCUGCGAUGAACCCAGAAGCCGCCCCUCGCCAUCGUGACACGGGUCAGGAUCCACCAGUGCCACCAACUCCCAGCGCAGUUCAGGAGGCUGGGGUUUUGCAAGCUGCAGCUCCAGCAGCUCCAGAGACUGCCCAGGAGCAGUCGGACGUGGAGCUUCCGCCGGUGGAUUUUCUGCUUGGGGCAGCAUCCUCCCCCGGUUUUUCGCCGAGACGACAGCUGUUCAUGGAGGAUGCAGAAUGCCGCCUGCCUGGUGUGGAGGCAGCCGAGGCCGCUUGCGGCGAAGCGGAGCAGAUGGCGGGCGAGGCGCUGGCGGCUGCGGAGGAGGUGGCCGAGAUUGCGCGGAGCUUGCAGGAGGUGCCUCCCUUGGACUUUCUGUUGAGCUCAGCCCCGGAGGUGUCACACUUGGAGUUGCCGGCACACCUGAAGCUCAUCCUGGAACCUGAAAAGGCUUCGCAGGAGAUCCCAGAAGCGAUCUUGAAUAUGGAAGUUGAAGGAGAUAUUGACAUGGAAGCUGAAGCACCUGAAGCUCUACAGCCUAAAGCCGGUGCUGGGGAGCUGGUGCCACGCCAGGAGGACGAGAUGCAGAUCGUCCCACGAAGAAAGAGACGACGAAGGUCGAUAUGGCUGGACGAGAAGUCCACACAAAUUCCUCAGAAAGUGUACGAAGACACCAGCAAAAUCACCCGUGCCAAUCCAUGUGAGUACGGUAUUUUCCUGCCACAUCAGAGCUACCACAUCGGCUUGACCACAGUCUUUGGGGAUAUUUGUCCCUUGCUUUGUGAUCCGCUACGCAGGGCAUCUGAUGUUGGCGCAAGGCUGAGAAGAGCCAGGGCGGAGGAGACUAAUAUACCUUCUCCUCCGCGAGACUUGCCUGUUCCAGAGUUAGCUGCGGAUGCCAGCGCAGUGGUUGAGGGCGAGGCAACUGGUCAGGCGGCUGCAGCACCAGACCCACAAGAUCUGGAAGCAGAGGCGGCAGCUCCACUACUAGAUACGGAGGAGCCUCCCAGCUUCAUAAGUCCUGAACUGCAGUCUCCAGAGCUGAGUGCAGUGGAAGCACCUGGGGUUGAGGAGCCGCAGAGUUUGGCCGAGACAGAUCUUGCUGCACACGCACCGGUGGCUCCGCCAGAUGAGCAUCCAUCCGAGGCAGAGGUCUUGGAUGCUGAGUCAGCGAUUGUAGCAGACGCUCCGAUUGCGCCAGACGCUGAAGUGGCGGUGGCAGAACUUCCGCCAGAAGUAAGACCCGCUGACGAAGCCACUGUGCCUCCGCUUGAUGACCUGGCACCCGAGCAGCCUGAGGCAAGCCCAGCCAAGGAAGCAACCUCCAUGGUCCAUGUGGAUUUGCCUCCUCCCAAACGACAAGCCCAAGAGAACCAAGGCAGUGUGGUUCCAGUGAAAGUGGCACCUCCGCAGGUGAAGCAAGAAGAGACCAUCGAAAUUGAUUUGAACAAAGUCUCUGCGAAGCAGGGUAGGGAGCUGCGGGCUUCACUGGAGGAGGACAAUACUUUGUCCUUCUUGGAUCUUUGCUCUUCCUGCACAGCAGAGGCUGCGGCUUGCCGAUUCGUGGAUUUGCUUUCACUUCACAUGAGUGGGGUGGUGUCUUUGGAACAGGAGAAGCCUUACGGCGACAUUGCCAUUGCCAGGGGAGUGGAUUGGGAGGAGUGGUGUGAUGAGUCCAAACGCGGGGUUAAGCGAGAAGCACGCGCGAAGAGUGGUGACUGA